CGUAUAAUUAUGAAUACAUUUAGGCAUUUUUUGCAAAUUAGUGUACAAAUGACCCUAUUUUAGUAGAGUUAUAUAAGACCGAGUUAUCUAAGGCAAACGUAUCAGUAACACUGCGUGAACUUACAAUCACUCAUACGCAUUAGUUUAAAUAUUAAUAUGUUGAAGUUUGUCGUCAUUUCUGCCCUGGUGGCAUGUGCUAGUGCCGCUAUCUCCUUCAGCUCUGGAGGUCUUGGAGGUGGUCUUGGUGGACUCGGGGGAGGUCUUGGAGGUGGUCUUGGAGGACUCGGCGGAGGUGGUCAUAUAGGUCUUAGCUUAAGUGGCGGCGGUGGAGGUGGAGACUAUGGACACGGAUAUAAAGACAUUGACUAUUACACAAAUCCUCACUACGAAUUUAAAUACGCUGUACAUGACCCAAAACACCAUGACGUCCACGAGCAAAAAGAAGAAAGGUAUGGUGACAAGGUCAAAGGUGAAUAUUCCCUUCAUGAACCCGAUGGUACCAUCAGAGUGGUGAAGUAUGAAGCCGAUAAGCAUAACGGUUUUAAUGCUAUAGUAGAGAGAAAGGGGCACGCACAACACCCUCAACACUACAAGACUUAUCACGAUUAGAUGAAUUAUUUGUUAAAUAUUUUUAAUUGCGUUUUAGCGAUUUAUAUUUGUUAAUUUGUUUUAGCUUAGCUUAUUAUUUUGUACGGCUGUUUUGCUUUUUUUAUAUGAAUUUGUUGUCAUCCCCACUAAAUUAGUUAAGGUUCUAAAUAAAGAAGUAUUACUACAGUU